AUGGCACCUUCGUCCGCCUUAAGCCGGCCCAUUUGCUCCUUCAAUGUCAUUUCUUCCCUGAAACCGAAUGAUAACAAUAUUUUUCAAAUUAAUUGUCCAUUGGGGGUGGGAUUUCAGAAAACGUAUCAUCAGUCUCUGGUUUUUAGAUGCUGCUCUGCAUCCGCAGAAGGUUCCUCCUCGGAUCCUAUGAAUUUGAGGCCUCCUUUUGGUGUUCAAAUGAAGGAUAGAGGCUCAGAAAAACCAUCGUAUAAAUGGCGUAGGAUUUUGCUUAAAGUAAGUGGGGAGGCACUUGCAGGAGAUCAAACCCAAAAUAUCGACCCAAAGAUCACAAUGGCCAUUGCUCGGGAGGUUGCAGCUGUUACUCGGCUUGGUAUUGAGGUUGCAAUUGUUGUUGGAGGAGGAACAUCUUUUGUGGGGCCUCCUGGGCAGGGAGCAGUGGCCUUGAUCGCUCUUCUGCUGACUAUAUUGGCAACUGUGAUGAACGCCAUAUUCUUACAAGCAACAAUGGGGAGCAUUGGGAUUCCGACAAGGGUUCAGACAGCUUUUCGCAUGUCAGAAGUAGCCGAGCCCUACAUACGAAGACGAGCCGUGAGGCAUUUAGAGAAAGGAAGGGUUGUGAUAUUCGCAGCCGGCACUGGUAAUCCCUUCUUCACCACAGAUACUGCUGCUGCCCUUCGGAGUGCAGAGAUCAAUGCAGAGGUGGUGCUGAAAGCUACAAAUGUGAAUGAUGACGACCCCAAGCGCAACCCUAAUGCACGCCUGCUUGAAACCCUAACUUACCAAGACGUGACUUCAAAGGAACUAUCUGUGAUGGAUUUGACUGCCAUCACUUUGUGCCAAGAGAACAACAUUCCUGGUAAAAACUAA